AUGGCCAUCCUCCAGCUCAAGAAGGAAAAACGGAAGGAAGGGGGCAAGAUAGCACGAGCCCUUUUAGAGCAGGAUGCAAAGCAGGUUAUAUUGUCCCCAACAGAUACACACCGGUCUGCCCACCCAAGAUCUUCAUCAAAAUCCAGCAUGGCAUCUGCUAGGGGGGUCAAGCGACUGUUUGACCCCCUUUCAUCCUCGACGGGAAGUGUUGACAGUAGAUACUGUCACUGGGACAACAAGCAGAUGUAUCAGUCACAGGCCACUCAUAACCAAUUCAAUCACUGCAUUGAAAGCCAAACGGACGCUUUGUUUUGUGGUGCGCAGGGCCGCAUCCCGCUCUACAAUGAUCCUACGCCACAGAAGAUUGCAGGCUGUGGUUCAGGGGAAGGCCUUCCAGUCAUCAUUGGCUCCGACUAUCCUACCAAAGCCAUCGGUGUUAAUUCUGGUACAAUAAAAAGUCCCCCAGAAGCUCUUUUUGGCAAAGAUGAAACGGCAAAAAGUUAUUUCGAUUCCUCUGAGGACAACACUUCAGCAAACCAUCGACAUGCUCUUGGACAAAGAGCAUUAGGAAUAAAGAAUGGCACAAUAAGCUGGCUUGAAAAGACGCUCGGUAAGGGGGAUAAAGACGAAAGGCUUCCUUCAAAAUAG